UCACUUUGUUGCUUCCGAAGCCGAAAAGCCACAAGUGAUAAGCUAUACUGAAUGAAUUCUAGAAGGGUUGAGUUGGCAAAUGCAUUAUUGAAAACGUAUAUUCUGUAAUUUCUGUAGAAAAUCGGUUGAAUGCCUUGAAGAACUGAGAGAAAGAGAGUGAAUCAAAUCAAUCGAGGAGAAUCCACAUUGCCGGAUUCGAUUAGUUCAACUGCUCGCACAAGUGGAAUCCAUUGCUAAGCGGAACUUCAGUUAAUCUGCCAUUCCCACCGAAAGCAAUGGCAGCGAUUUGUUCUUACUCCACUGUACGAUCGGAGAAAAACUCCCUGACUACUCAGUUCUACUCCGGCGACAGUCUUCGGCGAUCGGUGAAGUUUUUGGGCGAGCUUUCAGGCUUUUCUGUGGCUUCUCCGGCUAGGUUUCCUGCUCGUUUUCCUGCAAUCUCUUGCCAGACAUCUGCAACUUCCCCUUCUUCCGUCGUAUCAAAAGUGAAAGCAGGGAAGAAGGAUUUUCUUCACCUUAAUGAUUUUGAUAAAUCCACCCUCUUGAAGAUCUUAGACCGCGCAGUUGAAGUUAAGGCACAGCUGAAAUCUGGAGAUAGGUCAUUUGUCCCAUUUAAAGGGAAGUCAAUGGCUAUGAUCUUUGCAAAGCCAUCCAUGAGAACAAGAGUUUCAUUUGAGACUGGUUUCUUCUUGCUAGGGGGCCAUGCCAUAUAUUUAGGGCCAAACGAUAUCCAAAUGGGGAAAAGAGAGGAAACUAGGGAUGUUGCUCGUGUUUUGUCUCGCUAUAAUGAUGUCAUCAUGGCUCGUGUCUUUGCUCAUCAGGACAUUCUUGAUUUAGCCAAAUAUGCCACUGUGCCGGUAAUAAAUGGCCUGACGGAUUACAACCAUCCUUGCCAACUAAUGGCUGAUGCACUCACUAUUAUUGAACACAUUGGCAAGUUAGAAGGAGUCAAGGUUGUCUAUGUUGGAGACGGAAAUAACAUGGUGCACUCGUGGUUGUUGUUGGCAUCAGUUGUGCCUAUGCACUUUGUUUGUGCCUGUCCUAAAGGUUUUGAGCCGGAUAAGAAUACAGUUGAAAAGGCUCAGCAGGCUGGAAUUAGCAAGAUUGAGAUAACCAAUGAUCCCAAGGAAGCAGUGAAAGGCGCUGAUGUUGUGUACUCAGAUGUCUGGGCCAGCAUGGGACAAAAGGAGGAGGCUGAAUAUCGGCGUCAAGCGUUUCAAGGCUUUCAGGUUAACGAAGAGCUCAUGAAUUUAGCAGGUUCGAAAGCUUAUUUCAUGCAUUGCCUACCAGCAGAGAGAGGCGUAGAGGUAACGGAUGGAGUAAUUGAAGCUCCCAACUCCAUUGUCUUUCCACAAGCUGAGAAUCGAAUGCACGCACAGAAUGCUAUAAUGCUUCAUGUUCUUGGCUUAUGAUUUUGACAUCACUUAAUAAUGGAAUGUGCCAGUUCAUGUCUCAAAAGUAGUAUGAUGGCAAAGUUGGCGUAUGAUUUUGUAUUUCUUUUGUACUCUGUCAUCUGUUUCUUGCAUGCAGUCUGGAACCAACUUUUUGCAGUACAGUUAACUUUUGCAGCCUAGAAUUUGUCACGAGAGCUCCCUUUUACAUGCA